UCAUUACCGAAAAAAAGCAUGACUGUGAAUUUAUUGAUUUGGCGUUAACAGCCCGGGAUGAUUGGACACUUUGUUAGGUGCGCUGGGUGUCGUAUAAAACCGUCGGAAUCACUAGUUGCUGCAUCAGUCGAGUACGGGAUCGAGAACAUGGCAAGGCAUAUCAUCUUCUUGGUUCUGGCUGUGUUGGUUGCUACCAGCCUCGCCGCACCAGGUGAGCGAGUGAGGCGGUACUAUGAAGGAGGACUGGGCGGUUACGGCGGUGGCGGCGGCGGCGGCGGUGGCGGUUUCGGCGGUCUCGGCCCGGCGCAAGGUGGGCAGCUCGGCGGGAUCGGCUACCCGGUCGCCGGCUCGCAGUCCUUCUCCAAGUCCUCGGCUAGCGCCAGCUCAGGCUCAGUCGGCGGUGUCGGUUUAGGUUGAGAACAGAUAUGGCGUAACAUUAUUAUUUAUUUUAGUUGUAAAAAUUUUCUUCUAUUAGUAAAGGGUCCGCAAUCCAAUGUAUUAUAUCGUGAUAGAUAUGUUAUAAUAAACAUGUUAGAUUAUUUUUAAAAGAUUAUUAUUGUUAAUGAUAUAAAUAUAAAUGGUCCACAAUCUAUA